GGCCUGGAUAUACUUAGAUAAUCCGAUAUAAACCACACCAACUUUUUGUUGUUAAAAAUAUGUCCAAUAUUGAAGUUAGAAUACCUUUGAAAUACGAAAAGCGUCCUAUAUCGUCUGUUGCAAGAGAAUUUGUGAGAAAAAAGAAGAUAGUCUCACCUGGUGAUGUUAUUACUGAGGCUUCAGAUUACAUGAGAGGACAUGGAACAUUUGUCGACAAUGAAAAAAUUCUAGCAUCUGUUACAGGGACAGUUGAGGUUGUAAACAAAUUAAUAUCUGUAAAACCAUUGAAGACAAGAUUUAAUGGUGAAGUUGGAGAUGUUGUAGUUGGAAGAAUAAAUGAGGUUGGUCAGAAACGUUGGAAAGUUGAUACAUUUUCAAAACUGGACUCCGUGUUGAUGUUAUCAUCUGUUAAUUUACCUGGAGGAGAACUGAGAAGAAGAUCAGUUCAAGAUGAGCUUAUGAUGAGAGAUUUGCUUUCUGAGGGCGAUCUAAUUAGCGCAGAGGUUCAAUCUGUGUUUUCUGAUGGUUCCUUAUCAUUACACACAAGAAGUCAGAAAUAUGGCAAGCUUGGUCAGGGACUUUUGGUGCAAGUAUCACCUUCUUUAGUUAAAAGAUGCAAAACCCAUUUUCACAAUUUAACUUGUGGCAUCAGUGUGAUCAUUGGUAAUAAUGGAUAUAUAUGGAUACAUCCUGAUGAAAAUAAUCAGCCACAAGUAGUUUCACGAGAAAAUCGAGAAAAGAUGGCGAGGUUAAAAAACUGUUUAUUGGCCUUGGCAGAUUACAGAAUGCUUAUUUUUAGUUCAAGUCUUGAUUAUGCUGUCACCGCAUCAGAAAAACACACUAUUAAGGAUUUAUUGAAACCAGAAGUGAAAGAAGAAAUUGUUCAAAGAACAAGACAAGAACUUGAACAAAUGUGAAUUAAUUUUAUAGCAUAGACCAGGGGUCUCCAAACUACGGCCCGCGGGCCAGAUGCGGCCCGUUGGGCC